AUGCACAUUCUCAAGCGCACCACCAACCCCUCGCCCGCAAUUCCGACCCUCUCGUCCUCCCUCUCCCUCACCCUCACUUUCCUCCUCGCCCUCCUCGCCCCCACGCUCGCCACCUCCCCAACCGACUGGUGGUACUUCGACGCUUGGGACGGCCUCAGCUGCGGCGACAUGCCGCAAAACGGACACCUCUUCUUCACGGCGGACGGGUCCGGCACCGAGAUCUGCAUCAGCCUGAACUCGGGCCAGCGCGCCUACUCGUACGCGGCGUCGUUUGGGCGCGACGAGACUGUUGUGCAUGGGUUUUUGAACGAGCAUUGUGAGGGGCCGAGUAAGGUUUUGAUGAAUAAUACGUGUACAAAUCCUGAUGUGGAGAUUCCAUUUGCGAGGUCGUGGAGGGUCGUGGUUGGGGGGUGA